AUAUCCUUUAAAAAAAAAAGUAGCUAAUCUAGGAGAGAAGGUCACCUUUGAAAUACUGGGGAGAGAGGUAGAUCACCUCUUCUCCACCUUGGCUAUUAGUUACCUGAAACAUCUUUGAAAAGCCACAUAUGUCCCUGUAUUACCUCCGCAGAUUCUGAUUCAGUUGCUCUGGUUAGAACCCUGAAAUUGGCAGUUGCUAUCAGCUUUUACAGCAAGGUGAGUGUAACAUUAAGCCAGGGCCAUUUCCAAGUCCCCAGAAUGAUAGCAGGCCAAAAUGGAUUGUGUCACACCUACAGCUUUACCACCUUGAUCUGCCCAUCUGAUGUCAGUAUUUGGCAUCUCAAACCUGCAACUCAGAAGACUAAGCUAGGAAAAAUGAUGCCUGUUUUCAUCCCUGCUUGAAACACUGGGGCCUUGAUGAGUGUGGCUCAGUUCCAACUCCUGGGUCUUUAACAUAACACAUAGCAGUGUGCCCCAACCCUCGACUCCAAGAAUGGAUACAUUUACUUUCUGCCUGGCACUGUUCUAAGUGCUUUACAUAUCUCAACAUCCCUAAUAGGUUGGUAUCAUCUCCACUUAACAGAUGAGCUACUGGGAUCUAAGAGAGUUAAGUGGCUUGUUAAAGUAACAAGCCUGUUUCUGGGUGCGUCCGGACUCUUUCCCACCACAUGCUGUCACUUACAGGCUUUGACUUUAUGCCCAGCCCCUCUCAAGCAGCUGCCUCCUGCUUUCUAUUGCAUAAUCAGUAUUGACACCUGGUGUAGGGGCGCUCUGCAGGGUAGGGAAGGCCUGGCCUGGAGUGAGGGAUCCUGCGUCUCAGCAUCAGGCCCUGAGUAGGCUCUUGCCCUUGUGGUAGGGUAACCCACCCUCCUUCACAGCUCAGAGGUCUGAGGGUGUUUGAGGGAAAGACUAGAAAGCCUAGGAGGCUUCUUCUACCUCUCACCCCUCCUCACUCCCGCUCCUGCCACAGGAUUUCACUCACAGCUCCUUCCACCCCACACUUACCCUGAAAAUCUCACUGCCCUGUGACUUCUCCAUGUGCCACUUCCUGUGCGUCAGACCCCCACGAUCAGCUGCCCACUGCCUAUGGCCACCCCAAUUCCUGACUAGAACUACACUUAUCACUGCUCACCCUUCUCCUACUCUCCCCCUCUCAGAAAAUGACACCACAUCCAGGAAACUCGGAACCACCACUAGCCCAGGGCUCCCUCUUCCCCAUUCACUCAGUUACCAAGUCCCCUCAGUUUCACCACUCAAGAUAGUUGUUAGACCAUGGCGCCUCUCCAUCCCCAUUUCCUUAGGAUAGGCCUUGGUGUCUGAGGCCAACCCUGCCUCAUUUCCUCCUAACCCCCACCCAGGCCUUGUGCUUUGUGUACCACCACACCUAACCAAACGUAGUUAUUACUUCUUUGGCUCCCAGCACUCAAGCCCCAGCUCUUCCUUACCUGCUGGGACACUCCAGCUGACUCCAGAUUGUGACGUAGGCGUAUGUACCAGCCUUGCUCCAGGUUCAGGGCGCUGCCACACCUUCAGCCCCGCCCCGCCGCAAGUCUCAUUUCCUCCUAACCCCAACCCAGGCCUUGUGCUUUGUAUACCACUGAACCCAACCAAAGCUAGUUCCCUGACUUGUUCUUUUGGUUCCCAGGAGCCUUUAGGUACCCGCCUUGCUCCAGGUUUAGGGCGAGGCCACACCUCCAGCCCCGCCCCACCGCAGGCCCAACCCAGAGGCUGCUUUCGGUUUCCCUAGGGUUCUUGGGACCUGGACUUCAACCCGGUCUGCAAGCCCCGCCCUGAUUAGCUGCCUCCCGCGACAGUCGCGGCGCCCCGCCCUAAGGCGCCUAGGUUCCUCCCCUUAUCCCUGCAGGGAUUGGGCCUUGCGGCACCGCCCAGGCUCGGAUUGGUCCGAGGUGAGACCCGCCCCUCUGCCCACUUGGGCCUUCGGGACAGCAGAGGUGCAGUGUCCGGCCAUGGCCGGAGCCCGCAGGCUGGAGCUGGGCGAAGCCCUGGCGCUGGGGUCAGGCUGGCGUCAUGCGUGCCACGCUCUCCUCUACGCGCCGGACCCUGGGAUGCUCUUCGGCCGCAUCCCGCUGCGCUACGCCAUACUGAUGCAGAUGCGCUUCGAUGGACGCCUGGGCUUCCCUGGCGGAUUCGUGGACACGCAGGACAGAAGCCUAGAGGACGGGCUGAACCGCGAGCUGCGCGAGGAGCUGGGCGAAGCGGCUGCCGCUUUCCGCGUGGAGCGCACUGACUACCGCAGCUCCCACGUCGGGUCAGGGCCACGCGUUGUUGCCCACUUCUAUGCCAAGCGUCUGACGCUCGAGCAGCUGUUGGCUGUGGAGGCUGGCGCAACACGCGCCAAGGACCACGGGCUGGAGGUGCUGGGCCUGGUGCGAGUGCCCCUGUAUACCCUGCGGGAUGGUGUGGGAGGCCUGCCUACCUUCCUGGAGAAUUCCUUUAUUGGCUCUGCCCGGGAUCAGUUACUUGAAGCUCUCCAGGACUUGGGACUGCUGCAGUCUGGCUCUAUUUCAGGCCUUAAGAUUCCAGCUCAUCACUAGAGGCAGCCCUCCAUGGACCCAUGAAAACUGAGAUGAGGACCUUGGUACUAGGGAGGGAGGGAAGGACGUGGGAAUGUUUUCUUAUUGGACCUGAGAGAUGAUACAUGAUACCAGAUUAAAAGAAGGAGAAGUGUGUACCAUAUGUUUUGAGCAGAGGACCCUCCAACUUAUGGCAUCAGGGGCAAAAAGUCACAGCUCAUCCCAGGCAUCCUGGCAGGUUCUCAGAGCCUGCCUCCUCCCUGUUUAUAUGCGUACAGCCUGGUAACCACCAGGCAUGCAAAUAUACAAUCUGUAACAACACACAGCCUGACACCUUCCCCUGGUCAUGUCCAGUUUAACCUUGAAGUGGCAUUUGUCACCAUACCCUGGUCCCUGAUUGCAAGGAGCUUCUGAAGCAAGGGUGAGUCCUUCCCACACUCCUCCAUGGCUGCCCUCCAGGGUCUAGCCUAGCCUAUUUGUUAGGGAGGAUAGAGAAGCAGAGCACCCCCUGUGCUUCCUGAAAAUAGACUUGCUCUUGUCUUGAGUGGUGACCAAAGCAGUUGGCUCUUAAAAGGUGGGAGAGCAGCCCAACCAAUCCCCAAUCCUUUUCUUCUGAAACUGAGCAGGAGGGGUAAGGAAGUGGCUAGGUCUCCUUGGACUGAGCAUGGACAUGAGACCUGUGAGGACUGGUGUCUCUCCUCUAGAACUUUCAUCUUUGGGAUGCCUGAGACUCUGAGACUAUCAGAAGGGAAUUGACCCACCCCAGUCUAGCACCACCCUGCCUCCACUUCAUCUACAUAAAGGUGGUAUGAAAACAUAGACUGGAGGAGGUAAUCCAUGGAGAGAGAAAAAGAAGAGGGCUCAGGACAAGGCCCUGAGGAAGCCCAACCCUAAAAGUUUGGGCAGAGGGAACCAGGCAUGUUAAAGAAGACAGAAAGUGGACUAUGCGGAGUGCUUAUGAGGGUUUCACUAAAACAGAGGCAGAACUGUCCAUUGAAUUCAGUAACAUGAAGUGUUUGAUGACUAUGAUGGCAGCAGUUUCAGGAAGGGUGGUGUGGAAGGCAGGCUGUAGUUGAGUGAAUGGAAAGUUGGGGAGUAGAACAUGUGAGAAGUUGGCCCUAAAGGAGCUCAGGUUAAUAACAGAGAGCUAUGGAGUCAAGGCAUGUUUAAGAUGGGAGGUAGAGCAUGCCAAUGUUGAUGGCAACAGUCAAGAUGGUGUGAUGAGAGAGAUGGGAGGAGCACAAAGAGACGGAUCCCUGAAGGAGCAGAGCCCAUGAGAAAGGAGGAGGGAUGGGACCUUUGUAGGAAGAGACACAGCCCUGCAGCCUCAUAGGGCUCAAUAAAACAGAAAGGGGCAAGUAUAGAAGAUUAGGAUGACUAAAUUAAUGGGGAAAUGAUGAAGGAGUUUGAAUCUCUUCUUUGUGAAAUGAAGUGAGACUAUCAGCUAGAUGUGGGUGGAGCAUGUUCUCAGAAGGUAUGAAGUAGAUGUUUUCCUAGGUGUUGGAAAACAGGUUGAUUAAGGAAACAGCAGAAGGGCAGGGCAAGGCUGAGCUCUGAGAUGGUCAGUUUAGAGUAGGAUGCUGGGCACUCAGAUGUGUGUGUGUUGAGUGGGGCUCUGCACGCACCUGUCUUCCCCUCAUCAGGAUUCAGGAGCUGGGAUGGGGACACUUACUGCAGUGUUGGGGUUUUGCCAGGGAAGUAAAAGGAGUUGAGAGAAAGACGGGUCAGUUCAGAAGACAUACACAGGAGAAAUUGUAGUGAUGAAAUGUGCAGUCUAAGGUUUAAUCUGACCAAGAAACUGGAAUUGAAAACAGGAGGUGACUAAGGAGGGAUUAGGAAAUUAGAGGUCUUGACAAGACAGAAACUCCAGCAUGGUGAGGGGUUGGGCAGGGAGGUAUAUUUGAGCCAGACAGGAGUGCUUUGGAAAUUGAGAGGUGGAGCAAUCUCAGGUAAAGGCAAAAUAGAGGGUAUGACCUGGGGUUGCUGGCCAGAGGAAGGGAGGAGCCUCAAGAAGUGAAAUCUAGGGUUGGCGAGGCUGAAGGGCAGCAUGAGCCUCCACGUGAGUGCUAAAGCAAGAAACCAACAGAUGUUGAGGAGGAUGGUGUGACCUAGGAGUCAGCAUCCUUGGUGAACAAGAGGAGUGGCCACAAGGCCAGUGGCACCUGCCAGAGGAGAAAGCAGGCAUGACAGGAUAGCAUCUCCCAGGUGAGAGCCUUUUGAGGAAGGGAGGGUGGGCAGUGGUCUGGAAGCUCAAUGCAGAGCAAUGUGGUUCCCACUGGCAGCCCUUGGUCUUAGAAGAAUGGGAAUACCCAGUGGGGGAGCAGCUGUAUAAUGAGGUAGACUCCUAGAGGUUAAUUAUCCUCUCCUAAUCUCACCCUGACCCUUUUGUCAAACAUUAUCUAGAUUAAACCUCAGUAUAGGCAGGCUGCAGGAAAUGGACAUUCCAGUGGCCCCCCGGGGUCCCAGCCUGUAGCAGCUUCAUCUGUGCUUUGUGCACUUGGCUCUCAGUCAUCUCUGCAAGGGACCCUGACGCCUGGGAGAUCAGAGUCACUGACCCUUUAUGGCACUGCUAACAGAUCCCUUCCCUCAGGUAAUUCUGGAUCCAGAACUCAUUAUGGGAUGUAAUCCAGGUCAACAUUAAUACCACUUGGAAGGUUCCGCACUGUCUCACUCUGCUUGAGUAUCCCACUGAUCAGUCUCUCAGUGCUUGCCUACUGGGCAGCUCAUCUGUCCACUUAUUUGUAUUAAAUUUGCUUUUUAUUUAGGUCUCUGGAGAUAGUUCUGUGGGGAAGAGCCCAUGACUUUCCUGUAUGAUCCCUUGAACAUACUCUCCAAGUCAGUAGAUUACUUCUCAGACAGCCUUCAUAAAAGUGUUUCACUGUACUGGGGUUUGUGUUCAUCUCACUCACAUAGACAGUCUCUGGGUAGGCAGAUGGGGGGUGAUACAAGCUCACACUCUGUGUCUCCUCCUGUUAGCCAUUCCCACCCUGCUGAUGUUUAAGGAAAGCCAGGGAUGAUGACCCACUUAAGCUUUCCUUGGCCUUGUUAAGUCCAAUCAUCUGGGGCAGGAAGAAGAGAAAUGCUCAUUGCAAUCUUUGACCCCCACUAACUGCUGUGGUGACUUUUACCCAAGCCCUUGACCUCCUUUUCCUUAUCUGAAAUGUUGCUGUGAUUCCUGUGGUGAGAUUAGAUGAGGCAGCACUUGGGCUAAGCUUGCAGAGAUGCAUUGAGUGGUAUGAAAGGACAGGAUGCCAUGUACUUUCCUGCUUCACAGCACAUUUUGUUUCUUGCAAGGUGAGUGGCCCAGCCGCCUCUCCACAAACAUGUGUUUCUGCCUUUCUCGGCAUAAUCAGCAAGAUGUUCCCACUUCUCAGCAUUGCACUUUUCUGCUGGUGCAGAAUAAAAACACUUUGAGCCCCACCCUGUCCUGAGACAAAGUCCUCUGUGGUCACCUGGCAUAUGGCAAAGCUGCUGCUUUGGGCUGGAACAUUUGAGGCAACAGUGACUUCCUCCUUUCCUAGUUACCAGAAUCCUUGGAGCCGGGAGCCGGCCAGUGAAACAGACAAGGGGAGGGGAAGAGGAGGGAAGGCAUGUUUCCUAUAUGAGUUUCAGUUUAUUGCACAGAAAUGUUUUUGAAACCUUUAUCUCUAAUAGAAUCAUGAAUGGGUGUCAGAUAGUCAAAACUAGAGGAAAAAGUUUAGUCUGUAAACAAAUCAUUGGAUGGCAUCAGAAUUUGGGCCAAAGUAAAAGAUGCUGGACCUUGGCCCUUAUCAGAAAAGUACAGAAGAGCCAGGUAGGGGGUUUUAUUUAUAACAUGUUCAAUUCUGAGGAAGAGGAGUAUGGGCAGGGCAGAGGAUAAAGGAAAAAUGGGAAACCCCCAUGGACUUAAGGCCCCCACAAAGAAAAACCAUGUGCCUUCUCCCCACUUCCCUUCUGGCUUGGGCAAAUGAGGCAGUUCAUGCUCCCUUUAGGGGUAGAGGCAGUCUACAGGGGCCAGCUGGGCAGAGAUGAAAUCUUGCAAAGGAACCUUUCUUACACUCGAAAAGCAAGAAUAGCAAAGGGACUUUGGGAAGGACAUAAAACAAGAAAAGGAAGCUCCUCACUAGCAGCUCCCAGAUGGAGGGAGUUUGUGUGUCUAGCAUUUUCACCAAAGUGCUGCUCAUCCUGAUGCACAGAUGCAAAUUGGAGCUGCUGCCUGUGCCCUCACCAUGGGCAUGUACCCACCACAGGCAUUCCCAGGUGAUGCAGGGGCAGAGGAUUCCCUCUUUCCACUCACGAUAACAACCCCUGGAUGGGGUUUUCAACAAGUACAGAAAGCUGGACUCAGCCAAGACCCUCACCCACAGUCCCAGUCCUCCCACCUUCUUCAGGUCUCUAGAAGACAGAACUGAUGGGUUUACAACAUCCUGUUAUCCAGCACUAGUCCUAGGUUGUGGAUGUAGGGAAAGGCCAGGUAAACAAGAAAGGGAGAACAGGUGAAUGACUCCAAUUGUUUGAAACCAAAAGAGCAGAACUGCCCCUAAUUAAUUUAACAGCAAGUAACAUAGGUCUGUUCCAGAAAUACUACAAAAUAGAAGAGGAUGUGAGCACCAGAUGCACGUGAUAAAGACCAUGCUCUGGAAGAUUCAUUCCAAGGAGUAGAAGUGGUAUUUACUCAGCGCAUUUAAGGAGAGCAAGGACUCUGAAAUGAGGUGAGAGAAAAGAUAAGACAUGCAGGGAACAGCUGGCAACACCAAGAAAGAAUUUAAGGAGAGGGAUCUCUCUGCUAGAGAACUUAACAUUACCCUAGAAACAGCAAGAGCAUCAUCAUCUCCAGGAAAAUGUGCUUCUGAUGUGGAGACCAGGCUUAAGAAAAUCCCCUAGAACCCAGAGAAAAAGUGCAAAACAAGGAAAAUGGCCAAAGAGAAUAUAAUAGAUAUAGAGAUCAGACGAUGAGAAUCCAGAGUCUUGUUAAGUGAUAGAAGGAAAAUACUAACAGAACACAUGUAACAGGAAUAACAUUUUAGAGGAAACAAGAAGAAAACUUCCCUAAACUCAAGAUACUACACCAGAAGUGGGCAGUACUCACUAUGUUCAGGGGAACAAAAAGAUAAAAACUAAAAAGCAUCAGAAUGUUUUUUGUGUGAAGGAAAUUUGUAAGGUAGGAGAAUUAGGUCACUUACUACAGCACAAAUUGCAUGUCUAUCUAAAUUGACAUUUAAGUGCAAAAGCAUGGAUAUUACUCAUGUAGUUUUACUGGAAAACCAUGCAGAUGUUUUUCAGGAAUGUACAGAAUGAAUCAAAGUAAAUAACUGAUUGACAAGAAAACUGUAGGAAAUUUGCGAGCUGGCUAUAAGGCAGUGGCUUCUAUUAUGUACAAUUUUAGUGCUAAGUACUGUGUUAAUGAUGGCUAUCAAACAAUAUGUUAACAUCUGAAAGGAAAUAUGUAUAUUGUGAGCAUAAUAAAUAAUUAUUUUAUAAAGAAUAACAAUAAAUCAUUUGAUUUUA